AUGAAGGAUAAUGAAGAGAUUAGUCCUCUGAGUCGUAGAAAGCCCUUUAGUUAGUGGCUACAACAAUCUCAAAAAGAAAAUUAAAUGAAACUUAUGCAGGGAUACAAGAGCUACUAUCAGAAUUAUCCCAAGGCAUAUUCAAGGCUAAGUUCCCCAGGAUUUAGUAGAAGUGGUUAAACACCUACAGAAGUCUAGAAUAUAGAUGUAUUCUAAAGAUAUCAAAUGCUGACAACUUAGAAAAGAGCCUAGUCCUUAGCUGCAUCGAGUGAGACUCCAAACUUCAAACACGGAGAAAGCGUUAACAAAAGUUUCGGAGGUGGUAAUAACAACUCAAUCACUCUUGGAGGUUAUCAAGGUGGGUCUCAGUUUGGAGCCUCAGUCAAGUAUACUGAGUCGAUAGACGGCUCUAUUAAUCCCUAUACAAUUAAAAGAGCUGGUCCGAAUGCUCAUUAAUUUAAAUUCCAUUUUGAGAAGUCUAAUUUUUAGAGAAAAUCUGACUAUCUAAUGGAGAAGAUCGAAUCUGCUUUGGAAUAGGACUAAUAAAAGAGAAAUUUUUCGACUAUGAAUAGCCAUCCAAUCAAUAGUAGUAUAGAAUUUAAAAGAAUGAAAGAAGAAAAAUAGCAGGAGCUUCUUAAGAAAUUCAGAUUAAGAUAGUAGCAUCAGAAGAGUCCUUAGCCUGAUGAAAUCAAGGUAUAGAUUGGCUUAAUCAAGAUGAAAGAAGUAGAUGUAGAAAGUGAAGUGAAGUAAGAAUUGAUUAAGACUAUCUAAGCUAAGCAGAAGCUCAUGGUAAAUAACACAAUCAGCUUUAGAUAUGAUGAUCUGCCAGGCAUUGGGAUCUCAAAGGACUAACUUAUGAUGCUAAAAAGGAAAACCUAGGAUAGGGAACUGAAGGAUAUUAGCAAGGUGGUGUAUGAGGACUCACUAAGACAGAGUAUUCGUAUGUAUCAGCAACCUAACUAGUAUAAAUAAAGAAGAAUUGAUAGAGUUUGA